AUGUCCAUCAAAUCCGCCCAAGCUUCGGUGUCAGCGGGGACUUUGCCACGAGUAUUCUGGCAUCUCCUUCGAAUAUGCCUUUCAUUCUCGUUGUUAUUUGUCGAUAACACCAUUCUCGUGGUCGCGAAAUUAUUAUCCUAUCUCCAAUCAACGGCUAAUCGACGCCGAGCGACCCAACGGAAUGUACGUUUUUACCCGAAAACAAUCCUCAUCACGGGCAUAGGUACGACUCACGGCCUGACUCUGGCAAGAUCAUGGGCUGUAGAAGGCCACCGUGUGGUUGGCGCCGAUGUUACAGACCUAGAUCUACCCGUGCGCUCCGGAGGGAGCAUGUCAAAGGCCCUGGUGGCAUUCUACCGGAUGCCCAAGGCCCAUUACAUCUCCCGGCUACUUGACGUUAUUCACCGCGAAAAGGUCGAUCUGUGGAUUCCAUGCUCGCCCAAGGUAUCUUCCAUUGAAGAUGCGACGGCCCGACAGGUCGUUGAGAGUCGCACUAGCUGCAAGUGUAUCACCUUCGACACCGAAUUGGCGGCUUGCUUCGCUCAUCCUGAUUCUUUCAGACAGUAUGUGGUUGAGAGAGGCCUUCCUGUGCUUGAGUAUCACAAGGUCCAAUCGCGUGACUCUGUGCACAAGAUCUUGCACCGGUCGCCCUCCAAAUCUUACCAGAUCUUCCGAGCAUUUCCAUCUGCGAAUGAGAAGGCUAUGCUCUUGCCGAGACGUACGCUGAGCAAGACAUACACAGUGGUUAGCGAGAUCCAGAUUUCCAAGGAUCGGCCCUGGAUUUUGCAGCAACAACCUCGUCUUGGAGAGAUAUUCGCAGACCUACUGAUUGUGCGUGGCCAUGUUCAAGCCAUCAAGGUUCGGGUUUCGGAUUCUGGUUCAUCUACUUGGGGUGCAUCGCGUCUAGACGAAGCUCUGGCCGCUUCGGUCCAGAGGCUCAUGCAGACAUUGGCAGCCAAAGGCGGUGUUCGCUUGACAGGUCAUCUCUCCGUCAGACUCAUGGUCGACGAGGAGUUCGACGCGAACUCUGUCCGACACACUAUCUACAUCGCCGGCUGUACACCUGGUGCCAAAGCUGUCGAUAACUUGCUGUAUAAUGUACCUUGCCCCAUUGCAGGGUAUCUCUCUGUGUUCCCUUCCGAUCCAGUCGAUACAGCCAACAUAGCAGCGACACUGUCAUCAACCCGUUCAGCACCAACGUUUGCCCGAUCUGCCAUUCUUCCCGCUGCUUUCUUGCAGUUUUCGUUAUUUCACUUUGCGCUUACGGCUCUUGAAGUUGUUGAGGCAGAGCUAGUGAGACUGUUGUUUUGGAAAGACCCCCUGUUCUCUUUUCUUGAUCCGGUUCCGUGGUGGUGGCAAGUUCAUGUCUAUCAACCUUUGCGCGAGAUCUGGGUGUUGAUGAAACAAACACGAGAAGCAGGAUUGACUUGA